AUGACCGAUGGAAUCCUUUUGAGAGAGUUACUGACAGAUCCCCUCCUGUCAAAAUAUAGUGUUAUAAUGAUCGAUGAAGCUCAUGAGCGUACCUGUAAUUCUGAUAUUCUGCUUGGUCUUCUUCGAAAAGUGCUAAUAGUACGGCCUGAUCUCCGCAUUAUACUAUUUCGAGACUUUUUCGAACUGAACGAAACUGAUGACCAUAAUCUUGACACAUCGUGUAUAAUGUCUGUCGAAGGGCGGACUCAUCCUGUCACGAUCUACCAUACGAAAACGUCGGUCAUUUUCUCUUUGGACACAUAUUUUUUUUAA